UCGUCGACCGGAGAGUGCCUCCGACUGUUCAGAAACGAAACGCAGCGCCCAACGCGGGUGCUUUACACCGAGUCGGGUAUAUUUUUUCUUCGUCGACUGGAGAGUACUUCCGACUAUUAAGAAACGAGCGAUUCUGAGCCAAUACAAGCAACGGAAAAGGUAAUGCACCUGAUCCAUCUGGUUGGAACCUAUCCAUGCCUGCGGAAGGAUUCCGACCGGCAGUAUAAAAACCACGAAAUACGCCACCAGGCUUGGCGAGAAAUUGGAGCAGCGCUGGACGAAAAACCUGAGGAAGCCCAGGAAUAAUGGAAAAACCUUAUGAAUACCUACAGACGCACCAAAAAAGAAAUCGCACGAAGCCAAACAACGGGUUCCGGCGCCAGCAAAAUCUUGCAGGAUGUGUGGUACGACUACGAAGCCAUGUCGUUUCUGCACGACACAGUUGUUCCGCGUCGAACGCUAAAUAGUGCAAAUCUGGUAAAAACCCCUACGGCGUCAACCUCCAACGCUUGCUCUACAACCACCUCCACAGCUGCCCCUACAAAUACCUCCACCUCCACUGCUGCCCCUACAGCUACCUCCACCUCCACUGCUGCCUCAACAGCUACCUCAGACGUAGACAGUGGUAUGCUUCAGGGCCGAACGCCUUCCAAAGGUCAAAAGAGGAAGCUCGACCGUUCAACACGAUCACAGCAAAUUGCAGAUUGUUUAGAGACUGUUAAAGCCUUGGUAAACCCAGCUACUACUUCUGCAGCGUCCUGUUCCAAAGCCAGAGCUUUGGGUAGCUUAGUAGAAGCACAAGUUGCCACUUACGAGCAAAGUCACCCACAGUUCUGUGCAAAGCUUAUUCAUGCUGUGACAACAACAAUGAACGAGCAAAUUGAAAAUUUUUAUGAAGAUCAACUAGUGGAACACAAUGAUCAUGCCUACUUCUAAUUACCCAAGUGCCUAUUUGUUAGCUGUUUUACAUUGACAGUAAAUUCUAUGAACUUUUGGUACAAGAAAAAUAAAAAUUAAGAAUUUUGAUGAAAUAAUCUUCAUAACAGUACGAUUUAGCCUUUAACGCAUGAAUUUGUGUUAAUAAAAUAUAAAUGUUUUCUAUUGUUUGCUAAAAACGUAUCUUUCGCAGUUUGUAUAUUAAAUUGGGUGAUGAUUACUGGGCAGUUCGGUGGAGACAUUUAGGGUUCCCCAAGACGAUAGUUUAGGCCGAUUUCGUAGUACAGGCUGUCCUCGAGAUACACGGUACCUCUUAUUCGCGGAUUCGGAGAUACGCGGUUUUCAAAAUUC